CACAGCUACAGCUCAUCAAUAGCUAUAGCUCUCCACUCACUCAAUCAAUCACUCAUUCGGUUACUGAGGCAUCUCAAUUCUUACCUCUCGUCCAAUUGAACUCUCAUUCUCAACUCUCCCAGCUCAAACUACCUCAUACACGCCCAUCAUGGGCCUCCUCUCCUGCAUAGGCCUUCGUCGCCGGAACCAAUGGGAGCCCAUGACCCUCCUCGACAAUCUCAUCUCAUCACCUUUAACAUAUCUCGCUUUUCUCUUCUACCACGCUGUACUCCUCCUCCGCGGUCGACCUUUCCACCCGCCGCGUGACAAGCCCGCCAUUCGCGUCGUCUGCAUCUCCGACACACACGAUCUCAAAGUCGACAUUCCCAAUGGUGACAUUCUCAUUCAUGCAGGAGAUCUUACAGAUUCCGGCACCGUAGCAGACAUCCAGAAACAGCUCGAUUGGCUUCGUGAACAGCCUCAUCCUGUCAAGGUUGUCGUUGCAGGUAACCAUGACAGUUGGUUUGACACCAAAAGUCGACAUGAAGAGGAUGCGCGCUCAGGUGCUAAGCCCAACAUGGAGGGUCUUCAUUAUCUUGAGAGCGGUUUGACUGUGCAAAAGAUAAAGGGUCGAACCGUCAAUAUCUUUGGUGUUCCUGAUAUUCCAAGCAUUGGUCCCAAGGAGUUUGCCUUCCAGUAUACUCAAGAUAAACACCCUUGGUUGAGCAAGGUACCUCCGCAAACCGAUAUUCUUAUCACCCAUUGCCCUCCGAAACAUCAUCUUGAUCUCGGUCUCGGGGACAGCAAUCUCCUCCGUGAAGUUUGGCGCGUAAAGCCCCGUCUCCACGUCUUCGGCCACGUCCACUUUGGCUACGGUAGAGAAUCAGCCUUCUUCGAUACCUUCCAGGAGACUUACGAACGUAUCAUGUCACGACCUCGUCGCGGUCUGAUCCGAGACUUCAUCCCUAAUGAGGCUUGGCUUGAUUAUCUGCGUCUUGUAGCCCAAGGCCUUCAUAGCGUGGCAUGGAAGUGGCUCAUGUCUGGUCCUGGAAGUAAUAAUGGUAGUCUCAUGGUAAAUGCUGCGCAGAUGAAAGGCAACUCGGGCAAGGUCAAGAGUAGGGCGGUUGUUGUUGAAAUUUGAAAGACCAAGCAAGCAAGCAAGUUUAAAUAUAUAUAAG